CGUCGCCACCGCGGUGGCGAAGUUCGAACGGGACAUCUUUUUCCUUUUCUGAAGCGGCACACUUUCGACGCUGGAGUCGUCACAUAAUGUACACCAUCACCAGAGGGCCCAGCAAACUUGUUACACAACGGAGGACGACAGGUCCCACGCAGCAAAUCGACAGCAAAUUAGCCGAGUCGAAGCACAAGCCGACGACGUGGCUCACUUCAAAUGCUCCAACCCCAAAGAUCGUGUUCAACCGCCUCAAUGGGAAGCGUUACCACGGUGCGUCCACACAGAAGGUCGACAGCCCGGCAGAGGGAUUCACACCUGCGCACGAGGAGAACGUCAAAUUUGUAUAUGAAGCAUGGCGAGAUGUGCAGCAGAAGUUGGGCGAUGAAGACGUCAAGGACUCGACGGGCAGCCAAGGACCCGUUCAGUACACAGAGAAGAUUCCCAGUACUGCCAUGAAGAACUUUGUCCCCAUGGACUUGGAGGAGUGGUGGGCUCAGCGCUUCCUUGCAAACAUUGCAGGCCUGUCAUGACUGCUUUGAGAAAGCAAAGUGUUGAUGCUCCACCAGCCGAGGAACCACACGGCUCAGGAAGAGAGGCAGUCUUUGUGUGAAGACUUGUACGCCUUUUGGAACUUGACCUGAUGCCUGGAGCGUUACUACGCUGCUUCAGGCAAUACUGAGCGCACAAAAACGGCCCUGAUGAUAUUUUGCUGCACAAUGCUCCUCUACUUGAAUGAAACAGUUGAUUGAAAUUGUUUAAGAGCUUCCCUCCUUCAAGUGUUCUGCUGUACCUACUCUGGCUCAUCCUCUGGACCGGAAUCUACUGAAGAGCAAUAAUAAAAUGUUUUUUCAGAA